UACAAGUCCAGGCUCGGUUGUCAUAGUUUGUUUUCAUCGUUCGAUCCAGUCUGACGUGUUUUGUCUAACUCUGUUGCUCAAUCGUUCCGCAGAACACCAAACAAAUCGCUCUAAGCCUGCUACGAUUAGACGAUUUAUGACUAACUGGUUGUAAUUUAUUGCUGUUAGUUGGAUAAGCGUGCCGAGAAUAUCUGAUCCUGAAGAUUUGCUGAAAAUAUCUUCGCAAACAAAUCAAAGCCUACUAGAUUGCUGUGUCGUGAUAAGGAGUUAAUAACUAAAGUGCAUCGCGUUCUGUGGGGUCAUAAAACCACGCGACACUUGUAAAUCAUCCCUUGGUAUUUGGUUUAGUGUCUUGACGAACUGUCCAGGGUGCUAAUCUGCGCCGGUUGUCCUCGUAUUUGCUCAGCCCAUUAUCAGCGUGCUCCGGUUGAGUGCUUUCGCUUUUAGGAGGCGCUACAGAUUAAUCUUAAACACAAAUUUUUCGGGAACUGUGUUUUUGAACAAUGACCGACGACGAGGUGCCACGACUGGAGCUGACCGUUGACGAGCACGACGUCGUCCGGGGUGCCACCGAGGUACUUAAGGUUAUCAGGCCACACUGGCUCAGCGACAGCGUCCGGUUCAAGCUCUUCACCGACGGCAUCACCAACAAGCUGGUCGGAUGUUUCAAUCAAAACAACAACAACGCCAACUGCGAUGCCGGCGACGACUCAGCAAGCGCCGACGUGGUGCUGGUGCGUGUCUAUGGCAACAAAACGGACCUGCUGAUUGACCGGAAGAAGGAAACGGAAAACAUCCGGCUGCUGCACCGAUACGGGUACGCUCCGGCCCUAUACGCGACCUUCCGGAACGGGCUGGCGUACGAGUUCGUGCCGGGGGUGACGCUGACGCCGGACACGGUUCGGGAUGGGCGGACGUGGCCACUGGUGGCCCGGCGGAUGGCCCAGAUGCACAAGGUCGAGGAUGGGGUGGGAGGGGAACCGAUGCUGAGGGGAAAAAUGGACCAGUUUUUGAAGCUUUUACCGGCGGUUUUUAGCGAUGCGGCGAAGCAUGCAAGAAUUUCGGCGAUAUUUCCUUCCGCAGCGGAGCUACGACGCGAUUUUGACGAUCUUUACGGUAAAUUGCAACAGCUGGGCAGUCCGACCGUGUUCUGUCACAACGAUUUACUGCUGGGGAACGUGAUUUACAACGCGGACCGUGGCCAGGUUACCUUUAUCGAUUACGAGUACGCGUGCUUCAACCAUCAGGCGUUCGACAUCGGAAAUCACUUUACGGAGUUUGCUGGGAUUGACGAGAUCGACUAUGGGCGCUAUCCGGAGCGGGAGUUCCAGCUGCGCUGGUUGCGGGUUUACCUGGAGGAGUUCACCGGUGGACCGUGUUCCGACAGUGACGUCGAACGGCUGUACGUUCAGGUCAAUCAGUUUGCGUUAAGUGCGCACUUUUUGUGGGCCAUUUGGGCGCUCAUUCAGGCGGAACACUCCACGAUUGACUUUGAUUUUAUUCAAUUCGGACAAAACCGCUACGAGGAGUACCGUCGGAGACGGGACGAGUUUCUUGCCCUAACCUACAAAAAUUAACUCAAAACUACGUGCAAUCUCGCCACCCCCUGAAAUUUGCCGGACUCAAAGUCCAACCACUGACCAAAUUGUUGCAAAAACACCCGCAGUAAUCAUUCCACUAAAUUGAUUGCUUCUAAUUUUAUCAACAUAACCUAGCAAAUUACGCCAAAGCAAUAUUGUGUUUUAGACCUUUAAAUUAUCGCGAAAAUUUCAAAUUAAAUAAAGUUAUUUUAAAA